AUGUCUUCCCUGCUUUCAACCGACACAGUCCUCAGCGAAGUGCACGAAACCUCCCACCAGUUUCAACCCUGCGCCGUCGUCUCUGGAAAAGCCGACAACGCAACGAGGCUGAAAGACGCCAACAGAGGAAUCUCAAACACCAAACAGUCCGUGGACGGGCGCUUAAAGGCCAAGCAAAUGCAUGUGAACCGCGAUACUCCAAGAUCUAGGGCAGGCAAACUAGUUCUUAGAUGUUCACCGCGCAAACAGCAUGACUGUCACCCAGGUCAUUGUCGACGUUUUUGCUCCCAUGCCGAGGGGGAAGAGCCAAUUUGGGGAACCAACCGACUGCCAGAGCAUGUAGUCUGCUCUUUUGAUGUAUCAAGGGUUCUGAAAGCAGUACUUCAGCUCACAAACAGAAUCCAGAACUCGUGCAUGGUCACUCGUCGUUUCUUCCAACAAUGCUGCAGGGCGAAGAGCGUCGACUACAAGAGGCUGAGCACGUCCUGCUCGACCAAUUUCAGCUCCAUGUACGAGUUUCUUCGUGGAGUCUUACACCUUCGCGAUGGGCAUCAUCUCUUUAUUCUCAAAGCAGAUGAAGAGAGUCCCCCUUGCCGCAAUAUACACGUCGCCAAUGGAGAAGCUACAUGA